AAAUCCCUAGGUCCUACGGUCACCGACUUCCUGCAUGGUCCCCGCUCACACUGAUACUCGAUGGCGGGAGCUAUCGCACCGCUCAGUAUGGCUACACCUUGCUUACAGGCGCACAUCUCAGCUUGCCUAGCAUACGACAACCAUGUGCACAGAAUACCCUCUAUGUGUCGUCGCUAUCUGACUCCAGCAAGUGAACGUGCUUGCUAGGUCUCCAUCUGGCGAAGACCGCAGAAGGUCCUCAGAGGUGUUCCAGCAAUGGUCAUUUCGCGAUAGGCAAUGUUGAUGCCAUCGUCAUGUCCAAGGCGAAAUCAGAGAGAUGAAAGCUCCGCAGAUUCGGGAAGAUGCGUGCUAAGUCGGAUCGCGUAUUACCCAACGCCUCUGAAGAAAGCGAAACGUACCCGUAGCGAAGUGCAUAUCGCGCUAAUGCGUCGACAUGCCGACGCCGCAGUGAUCUUCAUUACUGCCUCACGCCGACUUCGCCAUCUCUCCGUGGGAUCCAUGAUGUCGCAGAUCACAAGACGCUUGAACAGGCUGUCCUAUUCUGGUGGGGAGCCGCAUCAAUCCCGUUCUUCCUUGCCUCACGGGCAUCAUCUGCUUCCAAAUCUCUUGCAACCUCCAGUGUCGUAUCAAGAACGAGGUUGUUACAGCGAGACAUUCUUCGCUUGUCGCUCUUCAAGCGCUCAUAGAGUCGAUGUUGCUAACCUCAGCAAUGUCCGUAUCGUCCGAAGUACUUGUGACUCGUCAUUAUCACGCCAGAGUGGUUCCAGUCGUGCCGGACCUCAGGGUGGGAAGAUGCACGGCCAGUCGACGAACAUCGCUACUGGUGGCGAUUGUGCAAGUAGGGAAGAGACGGACUGUGAAGCCAUUCGACGACCGGACAAGUCUUGCGAAACGUGUGACCAUUGCCUGCUGAAACGUUGAAGGGCAACCUCUUGGACAGUACGUUAGCUUCUCUAUGCGCUGUCUUGCCUGUGUCGGAGUAGACCCGGCGAUGCAUUCCGUACUUACGGUCCGAAAUCGCAGGCCCGGAGACGUCGUACAUAUGAAACAUACAAGGUAUAGGCGAUUGGCAACAGUGCCUACGUUCUAACCCAAAGCGCUCCACCAGAAGGGGUGUGUCCGCACCGUGCUGAUCGAAGCCGCUCAGAACAUUCCCUCCCGUCGUGGCACAGCAACAGGCGGGGGCCUAUGACCAGCAGCACUCCCCGGUCGAUCCCUCGACCUCGGGGGCGGUGCAGGGCUCGGUUGGUUCCGCCUCAUUUCACCUAGUAUCCCC